CACAGGGGUAGGGGCCACCAGAUUUGUUGGUGCACAAGCGCCAGCGCCACCACGACCACUUGGGCCAUCAUUCUCAAACUUUGCUGUUGAUCCAGAACCAUGGCCCCCGCUAACAAGAAGACCCAAGCCGGCAAGAAGACUGUGUUGAAGUUCACCAUCGACGCCACCAUCCCUGUGGAUGACCAAGUGUUGGACGUGGCCUCGUUUGAAAAGUUUUUGCACGACCGCAUCAAGGUGAACGGGAAGACCGGUGUCUUGGGCGAUGUGAUCACCAUCACCCGCGAAAAGACCAAGUUGCACAUCGCCGCGCAAGCUCCUUUCUCCAAGCGCUACUUGAAGUACUUGACCAAGAAGUACUUGAAGAAGCAGCAAUUGCGCGACUACCUCCACGUGAUCGCUUCCGACAAGUCGACCUACGAAUUGCGUUACUUCAACAUCCACAACGCCAAGGACGACGAUGCUGACGAAGAAUAAGCGCCUUCUUGACUGUGGUUAGCGGAGCAGCUAUGAAACCUUUCAAUAACCAAAGCAGGGUUCCAGCAGCAUUGAUGCUCGUAUUAUUUAUCUCUGCCUUCGUGUUGACUUGAAUUCCUCCGUCGCGAACUCGGGUCGGGAGACAUCCAGCGCAGGACAAUAACGCUCAUUUUAAAAUUACAAUACCAUGAAGUCGCU